AGCUGAUUACACAUGAGGUAUUUUACAAUUUCGAUAAGGCACAUGCGUGUUUUUUAAUGAUAUUUUGAAUGACAUGUUAUAUGUUGUGUAUGUUAUGUGUCCAACAGUUAUGUGUGAUUAUUACUCCUGGAAGAGUAGAUGUUGCAGACUGUGAAAAGUUGUCAACAACUAAAGAAACAAUAAACAAUAAUAUUUUGAAAACUUAGUCAUCCUGUUGGUUUUUUUACCCAUCUUGUUUUUUUGUUUUUGCGCUAUCUCAUUAUUUUUGCACUUUGUACAGGAUGUCAGCCAUAAAAAUGACCUUUACCUUGCUAUGGCCUAACUGGAUUUACCAGUUUAGACGCACGCAUGACCCCAUGUGCCGCAUGAUUCACACAAGAACACAUGCAAGGGCCUCUACAAGGCUGAUACAACAAUAAUGUACAGCACCACGUCAACAAACGCCAGAAUACUCACAUGUACGUAUUCCAACUAAGGAUAUUGGAAGAGCUACAAAGAAAGGAGAUUUCCAAAAUCACAGAUCAGUUCGAAAUCCCGGAACCUAGCCAUAGACUUCACCAUCGACUCUGCAUUUGCAUUGGUUCUGUAAUACACGUCACAAAUCUGCCCCCGACAUGUUAAUGGCGAAGCUAAGGCGCCCCGGUACUACUAAGGUAGUGUUUGCUCUGACCAUCGUGGGCGCAGUGUACUAUUUCGUGCAACCGUGUAAAUGCCCCCUUGGCCCUGCACGAAGCACGGAAAGCAUUGCACCCCAUAAUGUAGACAAAGAGAGUGAAAACCAGUUGUUAAGAGAGGUUCGGGGAGACGAAGACCCAGUCUUAAUCGGCAAAAGUGCAGCAGUGACCACUUCUGAAUCAGUACAGCCCACAUGUAAGAGAAUAUGGCAGAAGGGACGGUCGUCAUGGUUUGAUAGCAGGUUUGAUGACAACAUCAGGCCUGUCUGGUCACGGGCUAACAUAGAGCUGCCUGCUGACGCCAGGACGUGGUGGAUGAAUCUGGUUGCUCAAAGGAGCAAUCAAAGGAUCAAGGACGAGGACCCCGCCCCCCUCCUGACUGCGUUAUUUGACAUAGGAGCACCAGAUGUCGACCCGUGGGCCAGCCGUAACCUCACAGGGUGUCUCCGCUGCGCUGUGGUGGGCAACUCUGGCAACCUCAGGCAGUCCAACUAUGGGGAGGAGAUUGAUGGGUAUGACUUGAUCCUCAGACUAAACGGUGCCCCUACUAAGGGUUGGGAGAAGGAUGUCGGUCACAGAACCACCCACCAUUUCAUGUACCCAGAGAGUUCCAUAGACCUACCAGAUGACGUCAGCUUUGUACUGGUGAACUUCAAACCUCUAGAUGUCAAAUGGAUGAAGACUGCUGUUACAGAUGGGUCUAUUACUCGGACAUGGACGUCGGUGAAAAGUAGAAUUCAAACGAAUAAAUCAAAGAUUCUGGUGUACAAUCCUGCGUUUUUUAAGUAUGUCUAUGACAAGUGGACGGAGCGUCAGGGACUCUGGCCAUCCACGGGCACCUUAGUGGUCAUGUUUGCAGUCCACGUGUGUGAUGAGGUGGACGUAUAUGGUUACGGAGCGGAUAUACAUGGAAAAUGGAACCACUACUGGACCACGACUUACAUGGGACAGUCCAUCGGGAUCCACAACACCACAUAUGAACAUCUUCUCCUUCAGAAAUUACAAUCGGAGGGGAUCGUUCAAAUCCAUCUAGGCAAUGCAAAUCAUUAAUUUUCAAUAGACAGAUAUCGCUGUGCGCCCACUAUAAUCACGCUGAUACCUUUUUUGUAAAACUUUAUGACAAGAAACUUGUCUUCACCUAUCUCUGUGGCUACUGUAAGAGAAUCAGGCACUAAGUGUUGUCAGAAUUGCCCAGGACAGGAGACUCUUGAGUUGCCUAUCUGUGUGUAGCCAAGCCGAGAGAGAUUUGUGCGUAACAGUCUUACUGUACGUGUAACUGCAAUCAGACUGUGCUUUCAAAAAUAGACAAAUAACUAUUGCUAUGGCGCCAAUAUACAAUGUAUCCAUGAGUAGCUUUGUAAGGUUGGUAUCCACUAUUCAAUGGUUGUCAAAGACUUUAUAAGCAUGCGUUACAACGACAUAUGAGUGGUUGCGAUGAGCUUUAUAGAUGAUCCGUUUAUGUCUUGUAUAGUAGAACUUUGCUAGGUUAUAGUUUAACUUUGAUUUGAUAGAUUUUUUUUACGGACAUGUAUACUCAUAUGUUGUCCCUGUACACAGCAUUUUUGCAGAGCUCCUGAAAUAAUCCAGAAGGAUUAGACAUCGUGAGUGUAAUCUUGCCACAUAUAACUAUUAUCAAUAAAUGGUUUUAGCUUAUCAACUAAGCAAAUGAUAUAACUACAGAAUGAUGUGUCUGUGUGUUCAUAAGAUGAAUCAUUGAAAGGCAUCUUAAAAUAAUCAAAAUGUUGGAGUGUACCAAUGUUCGAUUGCCGUAAAAUAUGAAUGAUUUUAAUCUCGCACUAGAAACUGUAUCAAAUUUUGUAUUCAUACUGUUCAUAGCCUUUCAAGUAGCCUGUUCUGUAUUACAAAUUCUACAAAGCAGUAAAAAUCAACAUGUGAUAAUUAGGCUUUAUUGAUGUACACAUAAACUGUAGUGUUGACUUAUAGAGUACAUUAGAAUCAUAAUGGACGCUCGUAUGAUGAUGUCUCAAAUGGUACAUCUGUAGUUACUACCAAAAAGUAGCUAGCAAUGAUGCUCUUCUUCCUCACUGCA